CUAUUGCUGGACAAAUUGCUCGUGCACGAAAUUUUCAAAGGCAAGACCUUAGUGCUGUAUCUGAAUUGGUAAAUGCGGAUCAACAAACUCAUGUAACUGGAUUCCAAGUUAUUGAGCAUCGAGUCAGGCAAAUCUGUAACACUGUUACCUACAAUAUUUUUGAUCCUACGGUUAUUCACGAGAUAGCUAAACAUAUUUGGACUGAUCAUAUUUCUUCUACCGAACGAGACAUGUACACUAAUCUCGCAUCUCGUGUGAACGAACAAAAAUUCGGACGUUCAAUCAGGGAUCCUGGAAUUAUAGUGCCACCCGCUUCCACUCCAUUGGUUUCCAUUCCACAAUCAGACUUUUCAGACCAGCUGAUAAAUGGCACUUGUAUUUGA